AUGCACCCCGGCAUGCUGCCCGACUACCCGAGCGCGCCGCAGCCGCUGCCCGCCACCUCGCCGCAGUCCGAGGGCCACAUAAAGCGCCCGAUGAACGCGUUCAUGGUGUGGUCGCGGCUGCAGAGGCGGCAGAUCGCGAAGGACAACCCGAAGAUGCACAACUCGGAGAUAUCUAAGCGUCUCGGCGCCGAGUGGAAGCUGCUCACCGAGAUGCAGAAGAGGCCGUUCAUAGACGAGGCGAAGAGGCUCCGCGCGCUGCACAUGAAGGAGCACCCAGAUUACAAGUACAGGCCGCGCAGGAAGCCGAAGCCGCCCACGCCCGGCGGCGCGCCCGGUGCCGGUGCCUUCCCCAGUUUCCCGCUGCCGUACUUCGCCGGCCCGGCGCCCACGGUGGGCGCGCUUGACCACUUGUCGUAUCCAGCCGUGUCACCCUACUUCCCGCACCAGCUGGACCACUUGCAGUUCUCCAAGCUGAUGGCGCCCGCCGCCGAGAAGAUGCCGACGGCCUCCUCCGCCGCCGCCGUGGUCUCCUCGUUCUACUCGUCGCUGUACACGUCGCCGGCGGCGCCGCCGAAGCCGUUCCCCUCGCCGCUGUUCCACCAGUACGGGAUGGCGCCCUCGUCGCCCGUGUCCCCAGUGACCCCGACGCAGCACAGCCCCCACGACGACCAGCUGAGGCGGCCCGUCUCCGUCAUAUAU